UGCAUUCAGGAAUUCGUGGCAGGUGAAGAAAGUUGGACUUGGCCCUGUUGCCAAGACACCCAUCUUAGCCUGUGUCAAUGAUUAAUGCAGUGACUAAUGAUGGGAAAGGAGGAAGUUAUUGGCUGGGCGGGAUGGUACCUGUCCCAGUGAGAAGAAAAUGGCGCGUGACCCAAACUGCUCCCUUGUCAGCGAUCAAUUACCUUUGUCAUCCGAGAUCUUCCAAGUUAUCAAUGCUCAGAUCUGGAUUUUCUUAAUCCCAGUGUUCCUGGGUCUUGUGCAAGUUGGCCUCUUUCUGGAACAAACAGGCUUCUUCUUGCGUCAUGGCAAGAGUUCCCAUCGCAACAGCGUCUUACUUUGGAUCUUGGGAGUUUAUCCGGCAUUCAGCCUCACCUCCCUCAUCAGCUUGUUCAUCCCUCGAGCUUCCUUUGUCUGCAACUUUGUGGCCUCCAUCUACCACUCCAUCACCCUCUGGAAGUUCCUCGCGUUGAUCCGAGACUUCUUUGGUGGCUCAGAACGCAUGGUCCAGCAACUGGCCGGGCAGCGGGUUUCUCCAAAUCCUUUUCCGUGCUGCUGCUGUUGCUGCCUUCCUGAGAUUGCUGUCAACCGAGCAAGCUUACGAUGUAUGACUGUGGCAGUGUACCAGCUCUCUCUCAUCCGCAGCAUCCUCUUCUUCAUCACCCUUAUUCUCUGGACUGACGAUGAAUAUGACUACGGCGAUGUGGGCUACACCUAUCCCAAUUCAUACAUCAAUGCCAUUAUAGGCAUCUCCACCUUCCUCUCCUUCUAUGGCUAUUUGCUCUUUUACAAGGCCACCAAGCCAUCCCUCGAGGGCUACAGCCUGCGCUCCAAGUUUGUCUGCAUCAUUUUGGUUCUAGUCCUUUGUGGGCUGCAGAGCGGAAUCCUGGAAGCGAUGGGGGCCGUCGGUGCCAUUCCUUGCAGCCCACCUCUUUCACCUGUCACCCGCUCCCAAAUGAUCUACUACUAUGCUUUGGCCAUUGAGAUGUUCUUUAUUGGUGUAUUUGCCCAUCAUUCUUUCCGAAGAGUUGAACCUUGUUUGGAGGCUCAACAGGUCAUCCACCAUCAAGCCUCCCAGACCCAGGAGAGCCCAUCUGGUCGUUGUAGCCCUGCUGAUGGUAUAUCUGUGGAGGGAACAAACCCCAGCUACAUCUGUGAUGAGGCUUUCUGUACAAUUGAGCAUUCUCCCCUGGACCACUUUGAUUUCACUGUCAAGGAGCCUGUGAACAGAAAGCAGCAAAGUUGGGGACUUGGCUGCCAGAGAGUGGGAGCCCUGAAGGCAGGGGAACUUAAGUUAAGCCUACAACAAACUGGAACUGAAGCAUCAAGUGAAAUCCAAAUUCAUUCCCAGGUUGGCAAAAUGGAUGCAAAUGGAGCCUCUGCUGUAUAGCCACCAUCUUUAGAGAAUGGAGAACACAGCAACAGCUGGAUUCAGAAGGAUGCAUGAUAUCAAGGCAUAUAGACUGGGGGGCACUGAACUCCAGGUAUGACUAGACUAGAAUGUGCACCUGUGUGAAGAUCUGCGCAGAAAAAUAAUCUUGUGGAAGAUUUCAGUGGUUCUGUAUUAGGUGGGGAACCUUUGUUCUAGCCAUGGCUAAACUGCCUCAGGGGUAGACUGAGGAACUACUGGUAGGCAGGUUGGACAUGUGGGGAAAACAGAACCAUUAUUCUUCUUCCUGUAACACCCUCCCAUCUUUAUUCUUCUCCUUUUUCUCUUACUCUUUCUGGAAGCCUAACCUGUUUUCUUGUGGAGAACCUUUCAGGUGGCACAGGACAUUAGGGUGAAAACCACCCCUGUUCAAUUUUACAACUCUGCAGAACUCACCAGACUAAAAUGGUUGGCACUUCAUGGCUUCAUGCACUGUACAAACCCACAAUGGGAAAACCCAGGAAUUCAGAUUUAAUCUGAAAACUGUACUUUUGUAUCUGCUUUGUUUAAGAAAAAAAUUAGCAAACAGUCCAUGGUCAGUAUAAUUAAGCUGGGAGUGCUUAAAACAGGCUAAGCAAGAGAAAUUAGGAACAUCUGAUAAAUUCAUGAAGAAUGUUGCUGACUUAAAAGGUUUCCACCACAAGACGCUCCAAAUAUCUUCUUGGAACCUGUUAAGUUAGUUAGUCUAAG